AUGACACAGGCGAACGCAUCAAGCAGCAAGAAGAAGAUAUCACCUCUUCCUAAACCAUCUGGUCGAUUAUUAUGUCUGGGAAUCGAAGGAUCAGCGAAUAAGUUGGGUUGUGGAGUGAUAUCACAUUCGCCAUCACCUUCAAGAUCAGCAACAACCGUCACGGUGCUAUCUAACGUCAGGCAUACAUACAUCACCCCGCCUGGAGAAGGCUUUUUGCCCAGUGAUACAGCGAGACAUCAUCGUGAAUGGAUUGUAAGAGUGAUAGAGGAAGCUAUGAGGAAAGCCGGCGUUAGGUGGUCGGAUAUGGACUGUAUCGCCUUUACCAAAGGUCCUGGAAUGGGUACACCUCUUCAAGUUGGCGCUUUGGUUGCGAGGACUCUAUCGCUUUUGCAUGAUAUACCUCUGAUAGGAGUAAACCACUGUGUUGGUCACAUCGAGAUGGGCCGACAAAUAACGUCUUCUCAUAACCCUAUUGUACUCUACGUCUCGGGAGGAAACACACAAGUGAUAGCUUACUCACAACAGCGAUAUAGGAUAUUCGGAGAGACGUUAGAUAUAGCUAUCGGAAAUUGUUUAGACAGGUUUGCUAGGGUUAUUGGAUUGAGAAAUGAUCCGAGUCCUGGAUAUAAUAUCGAGGUUGAAGCUAGGAAAGGUCAAAGACUAGUCAGCCUGCCAUAUGGGACUAAAGGAAUGGAUGUUUCUCUAGCGGGCAUUCUACAUUCAGUUGAAUCUUACACGAAGGAUAAAAGAUAUAGAUCCUGGGAAAAUCUUUCUCAAGAUACGACGACUACGGAGGAAGAUAUAAUCACACCGUACGAUUUGUGUUAUUCACUUCAGGAAACUGCAUUUGCCAUGUUGGUUGAGAUUACAGAAAGAGCUAUGGCGCAUGUUGGAGCUAGGGAUGUCCUGAUUGUUGGCGGUGUUGGAUGUAAUCUGCGUUUACAGGAAAUGAUGGGAAUAAUGGCUUCUGAAAGGAAUGGCAGGGUGUUCGCCACUGAUCAGAGUUUCUGUAUAGACAAUGGGAUCAUGAUUGCCCAAGCUGGUUUAUUAGCCUUUAGAAUGGGUCAAAUCACACCUCUAGAGAAGACUGGAGUUACACAAAGGUAUCGAACGGACGCGGUACACGUCUCAUGGCGAGCUUAA